AUGUUGGCAGGUCUUAAAAUGGCUGCCGGGCGGCACCGUCCGGACCGGUGAGUACGGCUGAUCGCGAGGCUGGCUCUUGGGCUCCAAGGUGACGGGUUCAGGGAAGACCGGGUGCCAGGAGCGAGGGAGCAAGCAUGGGCGGCCUCACAGCCUCUCGGCCGAGCUCGUAAAGCCUUUGGUCAGGCCCGCCAAGCCUUUGACCGGGCCCGUGGGAACGUCGGCCGAACCGGCCUCCGCUUUGCUCUGACGCGGCGUCGCGGCGGAGUCCCAAUCCUGUUGGUGGGAGAGGGGUUCUCCGUCCCACCCCGGCCGGAGUGAAACUGGAUGAGAAGGCUUUCGACCCGGGAAACGCGCUCUUGUUUACAGUUGCCGUACCCGGAAACGAGCUGCAGUUGAUGGGAGAGUCAGCAAGAAAAGAUGUGGAGUGGGCUGCUACCUCCUGGCCUAAAUGAAAGUGAUGUUGAAUUGAGUUCUGACGAUGAUACCACAUUAGAGAGCUCUGAACUUAACUCACAAGAGGGCAAAGAAGAUGGGACCUUUAAAAAGACAGAGGCCGUAGACAUUUCUCCAGACGGACCAGACGCUGAAGCAGAGGCAAAUAUAAAUGCGUAUGCAGAGUGUCCAUCUGGGAUUCCCUUAAAUAUGUGGAACAAAUUUCAAGAAUUGCAUAAAAAGCAUUCUGAGCAGAAAACCUCAGCUUCUAGAUCCGAAAAGAAAAAAAGAAAACGCUCCAGAAAAGGUAAAUUGAAGAAUGAAGAAGAAUCUCAUAGUGAACAGUCUUCAAGUGAAACCCAGUGGAAGGAGCUUACCCAGUAUUUUGGAGUCAAUGAGAGGUUUGACCCACCUGUUAAAAGGAAAAAAGUUGAAAAGUCGGGACUUGAAAAGAGGAUAGACCAAGCUGUGGAAGAGUGGAACGUUGAGAAGGCUGAGGAACUCAGCAACCAGCUAGCUACUCGAGAGCUUGGUGUAAAAAUUGCCAAAGCUAUUGCCUGCCACAACUUUGUGAAAGCCAAAAAGGAGGCUGAAAAUUCACAGGUUGCACGAAAAAAGAAGAAACUUGCCUGGGGAUUUGAAGCAAAGAAGAGAUGGGAAACCAAAAGCAACAUGGGAUAUAUGUGACUUGCCAGAGUUCUUCAAGACCUUUGAGGUUUCACUCGAGUCUUCAGUCGCUCAAUUUACUGAAAAAGAUUUUCCUGCUUAUGUUAACUAUGUCAGAAAAUUGAUGGAAAUGGAAAAAAUAAGCAUAAAAUUUGGGAGUUGAUUAUCAAAUCGUUUUUCAGUCUUUUACUGAAGAGUCCUUCUCAUUGAAGUGAGUGAAAUGGACCAUCCCGUUAUUUGUGCAAGUCAUCUAAGCAUACAUACAGGGGGGAAAAAAUAGGAUUUGAUUUAUUUAUUUGUAUAGACCUCCAGUAUAAAGUCAGUUUUACUUUUCAUCCAUUUGCUGGAGCAUAGCCAGUGAGCUCCUUGUACAUUCUUAUCUGCACUCAGUGUAACUGCACUUACUGUGGAGUUGUGUUUUUAAGAUGGGUAUUUGUUUAUAAUGGAUUAGUCAUAAGUGCAAGAAGGAUCCUGUGUUUACAGAUGACUUUAUCUUAAUGUUAUAAAAGUAAUUAUCUGUUCUUUAUUGGAGGCAGUAGAGUUGAUAUUUCAUAGUCACAUAAUAAAGGCAAUUGAUUAA